AUGACGACAGGGAUAGUUUCAUUCACGGCCCCGACGCCAUCCGGCUCCGAUGUUCACUCAAACCUGAGCUCGACCUUUGCCGCAACCUCGUCCUCAUCCUUGGGCUCUUUGACAGACUACUCCAACUACCCUCUAGCACGACAGGGCGACCGCACAUACCUCCGCGAUCCAGAAAACUUAUAUCCUCUGCCAUGCGAUCAGCCCGAGAUCCACCGCCAAUCCCUGCGCACAAUGAUGCUGUUGCGCGUCUUUGGCGGCCCGUUUUGCAAUCCCUACCUGGCUAACCGCCCGCCGAAGCGCAUCCUGGAGAUCGCCUGUGGGUCAGGCCUUUGGUCCGGUUUAUGCCACGAGUGGUUCGUCAGCCGCGGCCAGCCAGGCGUGAACUUCGUCGGGAUCGACUUUAUCUCCCUAGCCCCAGAUCUGCGCAAGCAAGGCGUGAACUGGCAGUUUAAACGACAUGAUCUCCGCAAACCCCGCCUCCCUUUCCCAGACGACUAUUUUGAUUUCGUCUUCAUAAAAGAUGCGGGCAUGUGCCCGUCUAGCCCGGCGCAACAAGCUUCGGGCCUAAGUGAACCACUGCGGGUUUUGAAAUCAGGAGGAAUCUUGGAAGUGUGGGACUCGGACUGGGUGUUUCGCUCACUGCUGCCCAACCCGGCGCCGGCCCGAAAAACCUCAUCGAAGGAUCAAGAGAUUGCUGAUUCGACCGCUACCUACACAUUUUCAUCCGCCACGCCCUUUACAAGGGCCCAAAACAAAUACCUGGUUGACUACAACUCCUGGGUCGAGAAAUCAUUUGAUCGGCGCAAAAUCACCGCCCUGCCGUGCGCCACUAUCGGCUUGUCUUUUAAUUCCGAGGUCGACUUAUUAGAGAAUGUGGACAGUCGCCGAAUUGCAAUCCCACUUGGCGAUAUCCGGUGGGAGCGGGAAGGUCAAGGGAAAGAUUCCAAGGGUCGUCCACGCAAGGCAUUAACACCGGAUCAGAAUUCCAUUCGUCGAACGGCUCUUCUCACGGUGGUUCAAAUGAUCGAAGGGCUGGAGCCCAUGCUCAUCGAAGCCAGCGGGAAAAGUCGUGAUGAGUGGGAUCGGUGGUGGGCUGCGAUGACUACCGACUUCUUUCAGAAGGGCGGGCUCGCCAGUGGCGAAUGUCUCGAAGUGAGUGCCUGGUGGGGUCGAAAGAUAUGA